CGAUAAGACAACAUAAGACAAAGGGAAGAGGCGAUGCGGCCGCCAGUAUAAGGGUAGCCUUGGCCAUCACAACAUCCCACUCCUCAACUACACCCUCAGGACGUCCCCGACCGACCCAAGAGCCCCAGCAGACCAUGAGGGGGAUAGCUGCUCUUGCCGUGGCCUCAGUCGCGGUGGGCCUCGCCUCAGGGCAGACCAGAGCUUGUCAGAGCGGUUUUGUUGAAGUAGGAGGAGAGUGCCUCGCUUUCCUCGCCAGCUAUGGCACUUGGGAUACCCAGCUCCAAUCCUGCACCAUGGUCGGCGGAAGCCUCGCCAAGGUGACUGGCGACCUGCACAACGCCGUCUAUCAGCACAUUAUUGGUUCAGAAUUGACGGACAAAUGCUUCUGGAUUGGAGGGUCUGAUCGUCUCACUGAAGGACAGUGGAAGUGGGAGAGUGACCAGACGGAUAUACCCCUCGGUGGACCUCACUGGGACCCCUGUGAGCCGGAGCCGGAAGGGGGAAACUCGGAGAACUACCUUGCCAUUUGUCCGUCUAUGUACUACUACAAGGACUAUCCCGGAAGCUCCCUGCACUACGCCAUCUGUCAGAUCUUUUAGAACCUGCGGGAGGCCUGGCUGACAUCACGGCUGCUUCCUCCUCCGGUUCUUGGCUCUUUCCGGCUUAGUUCUAAACUGGUUCUUAAAAAUCACAGUCUCACUCAUUUUAUCUUUCUCUCAUGCUUCGUUUUGCUUAUCGAUUCUAAAUCACACGUACUACCUACUAACUGGCUGCUGUGUCCUCGGUACCCUCAAUAAACAGUUUACAAGGGUCAA